CCAUUGGCUGCCUCGGCGCCGCCCCCCUCCCCGGCACAACAUGGCGGCCGCGCGCUGCCUGGGGUGGACCCUGUCACCGCUAUGGAGGUGGUGGCAGGUCCGGGGGUUGCCUCCGAGUUCCGCCACGGGUUUGUGCUCGCGAGGGAGGACUUACUCCCGCACCGCCCUCUAUGAGCUGCUGGGCGUCCCCUCCACGGCCACGCAGGCACAGAUCAAAGCGGCAUACUACCGGCAGAGCUUCCUCUACCAUCCGGAUCGCAACCCCGGGAGCGCCGAGGCCGCCGAGCGCUUCACGCGCGUCUCCGAAGCUUACCUGGUCUUGGGCAGCACCAUCCUCCGGCGCAAGUAUGACCGAGGUUUGCUCAGUGACCAGGACCUGCGCGGACCUGGCGUCAANCCCUCUAAGACGCCCGCGNCCGAUCCCGCUCCUCCUCGCCCUCCUCCCUACACCCCUCGGGCUCCCGGUGGCUCUCGGGCUUCUCCCGGCGACGGUCGCACUAUGUUCGACUUUGACGCCUUCUACCAGGCNCACUACGGAGAGCAGCUAGAGAGAGAACGGCGUCUGCGCGCCCGGAGGGAAGCCCUUCGCAAAAAGCAGGANAACCAGGCCAACAAGGGGCCCCGCUGGGACGAUACACGAGAUGCCACUUUCUUUGUCGUCCUUUUCCUUAUCUUCGUCUUUGUUGGCUUUCGUAUUUAAUCGGAGAAAAGGAGGGGAAGGGAUCCAGUCCAAGCAACCUUCCUUUCUAGACCUUUGAACCACUGGUCUGCGAUUGAAUUGACUUCCUCUAGUGGUGUUCUCUUGACCCUCCUGACACCCUCCAGCCUGGCCAGUGAUCAACACAUCCCUCUCCUUUGGUCCAGAAAAAGACGCUUUUCAGUGGCCAAGAAAGAGGCCCCCGGAUAAAGAUUCCUGUGAAGACCAGAAAUUUAAGUGCUUUCCAGAGUCCCCUGGGUGCCUGUUCAUUUCUAGAAGUUACCUUCAGUUGCCAACUCCCAGAACACUUGCUACGGUUUUAACCAGAAGCCCUGAGCAAGAUUUACCCUGUCCCCUGCCACAUGUCUGUAUAACAGGUGGUGUUUCCCCUGUAACUGCUGAACUGUGCAAUACGACUGGUUGUCCGAUGCCAAAAAGAUUUAAUUCUUGGGGACUC